AUGUACGUCAUCAAGCACGUGUCCCUGCUCAACCCAGGCGCCAUGUACCAGCUGAUCGGCAUCAACCUGGAGACGGGCAACCCCCAGGCCGCCUCUGAUGAGUUCUGGCAGGCCGUGGUGGGGCAGCUGCGGCUCACGCCAAAGCAGGUCGACGACGCGUGCGCCGCGUUUGAGCUGUACACAUACCAGGCCUCAAAGGUGCUGGCGGAGCGGCAGGAGCUGCACAACCGCCUCAUGGGCCGCCCUUCGGACGCGCCCGCGCACGACACUGCAAACAGCGUCGCCGGGCUGGCGGGGUCGAGCCCGCGCUGCUCUUCACUGGACGGGCCCGUGUGUCGGCUGGAAGUCCUGGAGGCGCUGGCGCGCAACCUCAAGAAGGAGCACUCCAUGAGGCUGAUGCUCAAUUGCUUCUUCUACAACCGCGUGCUGACGGGGCUGCAGCUGUCGCAGGCCGCCGUCUUCUCCUUCCCUCUCUUCCCAGACGUCUAUGCCAUGAUGUGCGUCAUCGCUGAGGACGGCGCCGCGCGCUCCCCCGCCGGCCAGCGGCGCCUCGUCUUCGCCCACCACGCCCAGGAGCUCCGGGACGCCGCCUCCAGCGCCGCCCGCGCGCGCGCCGCGCGCCUCGCCGGCGGCGGCGGCAGCGGCAGCGGAGGGUCCGGGUCGUUCGCGGGCAGCUUGGGCUCGGGCAGCUUCGGGGCGGCCGCCGGCGUCGCGGCGGCCGCGGCGGCGGCGAGCCUCGAGGCCGGGAUAAAGCACGAGAUGGAGCAGCUGUGA